ACAUUUUACAUUUAACCAUUGGGCGUUGGUUGUUCUACUAAAUAGUCUCUUCUUAAUACCGUCGGUUACGCUUCAGGUGGAGAUUUAACAAUUUGUUGUUGAAAUUUUAUUUUAUUUUACAUUUUAUAACUUGUAUUUUGUAACAAAUACUAAUUAAAAAUGGCUCUCAGUGAUGCUGAUGUUCAAAAACAAAUCAAACACAUGAUGGCUUUCAUCGAACAAGAAGCCAAUGAAAAGGCUGAAGAAAUCGAUGCUAAAGCCGAGGAGGAGUUCAACAUUGAAAAAGGCCGAUUGGUUCAACAUCAGCGUCUUAAGAUCAUGGAAUACUUCGAACGCAAAGAAAAACAAGUUGAAUUACAAAAAAAAAUCCAGUCUUCUAAUAUGUUGAAUCAAGCACGUUUGAAAACUUUAAAAGUUCGAGAAGAUCACGUUAGAGAAGUAUUAGAUGAUGCAAGAAAGCGUUUAGUGGAAGUGACUAAUGAUUCUCAAUUGUAUAGAGAUGUGCUUAAAAAGCUUAUUUUGCAAGCUAUUUUACAGUUGCUUGAAAAGAAUGUAACAUUGCGUAUUCGUGAAGCUGACGUCAAUGUAAUUGAAGACUUAUUGGAUGAAGUGGCAGCCAACUACAAAGCAGCAUCUCAAAAAGAUGUUAUUUUAAAUCUGGAUACAGAAAAUUAUUUGCCAGCAAUUACAUGUGGUGGUAUUGAGCUUUUGGCUCAAAAAAAUAAAAUAAAAAUUUGUAAUACUUUGGAAUCCCGAUUGGAGUUGAUUGCUCAGCAGUUGGUUCCAGCUGUUAGAACCGCAUUGUUUGGUCGUAACCCAAAUCGUAAAUUCGCAGAAUAAACAUAACAUUUCCAGACAAUAAAUUUUCGAAAAAAAAACCGUUUAAAUAUUACAGUUUUUCGCAUUCCAUAUUCAUAAUUAUUCAUUAAAAUAGAUUAUAACUACCCCAUAAGCAUUAUGUAGACCUCCCUUCUAUAUCCAUUUAUUUAUUCAAUUACCUAGUUUUAUGUUUUAAAUUGAGUUUAUUUCUAAUUUUUCUUUGUUGUAGAAUAGUGUUAUACAGUUGUAAAUUGUUGUUUUUAAUCAUUAAUAUACACAUUUUAUUGGUAUUGUUACGUA